GCCAGAAACAGCUUCACUAGUCGCUUGCAUUUCAGCUGCUGAAGCACGCGAGGGCGUGGGUGGUGGCCUUAUGAAGUGAGGUUGGACUGGAAAAUGCUGCUUUUAGAAGCCAUAGCAGUUUCUUUACAGCCUUACAAAAGAAGGCAGGACCAUCCCCUUAAAGACAUCUCUCCUCUCCUCUUUCCUAAGAGCAGACCGAAACAUGUCGGUCUUUAGGGCCUUGUUGUUUGUCAAGCCGAGAAGCCUCGGGCUCUGUCUGCAUCCGAAGCUAAAAGGAGAAGCAUGGCAGCCGCUGCAGGAGGUGGAGCCAAUCACUGACCUGCGAGCAUCAAAGAAGGGGCACAUUAUCUGAACCCUAGAUUAGUUUUCUUCCUCGCCUCCUCCUCCUCCUCCUCUCUGUUCACUUUUCCCUAGUGUGUGGUGUGUGAUCUGAUAUAAUACCAGUUGUAUUAGAUCUCUGUGCAUCCGUCUGUUUGGAUUGUGCAAGGUGUAUGAGAAUCCCGGUGGAGACAGCUCUGGUCGCCAUGGAGUAUAUCAGAAUGCCCAAGGUGGAAAAUGUCCGCUUAAUUGAUGGAAUAUCUUCUAAAAGGGCUGCCUUAGGAACUCUGUAUCUAACUGCUACUCAUGUCAUCUUCGUGGAAAAUGAGUCAGAUAGUCGUAAAGAGACAUGGGUUCUUCACAGCCAAAUCUCCUCUAUUGAGAAACAGGCUACAACUGCUACUGGUUGCCCUUUGCUGAUUCGCUGCAAAAACUUCCAGAACAUUCAGUUUAUCAUGCCUCAGGAAAGAGACUGCCAUGAUGUUUACAUAUCUUUAAUACGUCUGGCACGCCCAGUGAAAUAUGAAGAGUUGUACUGUUUUUCCUUCAACCCCAAAUUAAACAAAGAAGAGCGAGAACAAGGCUGGAGGUUGAUAAACCUAAAGGAGGAGUUCCAUCGUAUGGGGGUUCCAAAUAAUUACUGGCAGAUCAGUGAUGUCAAUAGAGAUUACCGAGUAUGUGACUCAUAUCCCACUGAAGUGUAUGUGCCCAAAUCGGCCACUGCUCAUAUAAUUGUGGGAAGCUCUAAAUUCCGCAGUAGGAGGCGUUUUCCUGCACUUUCCUAUUACCACAAGCAGAACAAUGCUUCCAUCUGCCGGAGCAGCCAGCCAUUGUCAGGCUUCAGUGCGCGAUGCCUCGAAGAUGAACAGAUGCUGCAGUCUAUCAAAAAGGCAAACCCAGGCAGUGAUUUUGUAUAUGUUGUUGAUACACGGCCUAAACUCAAUGCAAUGGCAAACAGAGCGGCAGGGAAGGGCUAUGAGAAUGAAGACAAUUACGCCAACAUCAAAUUCCAGUUCAUCGGUAUUGAGAAUAUCCACGUCAUGAGGAGCAGUCUCCAAAAAAUGUUGGAAGUUUGCGAACUAAGAUCUCCUUCAAUGAGCGACUUCCUCUGGGGGUUAGAGAAUUCAGGCUGGUUGAAGCACAUCAAAGCCAUCAUGGACGCAGGCAUUUUUAUUGCCAAGGCUGUAGCUGAAGAAGGCGUGAGUGUCCUCGUUCACUGUUCUGAUGGAUGGGACCGGACAGCUCAGGUUUGCUCAGUGGCAAGUCUUCUGCUGGAUCCUUACUACAGAACUAUGAAAGGAUUUAUGGUAUUAAUAGAUAAAGACUGGGUUUCGUUUGGUCAUAAAUUUAAUCACAGAUAUGGCAAUUUAGAUGGAGACCCAAAGGAGAUAUCGCCAGUUAUUGACCAGUUCAUCGAGUGUGUUUGGCAACUUAUGGAACAGUUUCCUUGUGCCUUUGAAUUCAAUGAAAGGUUCCUCAUCCACAUACAGCAUCACAUUUAUUCCUGCCAGUUUGGGAACUUUCUGUGCAACAAUCAAAAGGAGAGACGGGAGCUGAAGAUUCAAGAACGGACAUAUUCACUUUGGGCUCACUUGUGGAAGAAUCAUGCCGAUUAUGUGAAUCCUUUGUAUAGAGAAGACCAUAAUAGGACCUUGCAUCCACAGUCAUCUCCCUGCCAUUUUGUUUACAAGUUUUGGAGUGGAAUGUACAACCGCUUUGAAAAAGGAUUACAUCCUCGGCAAUCAGUUACUGAAUACCUGUUGGCAGUGAAAGAAGAGACACAACAAUUAGAGGAAGAACUGGUAGUUCUAGAGGAGGAUGACAAAGGCUUUCUGCACAAGGAUCUUCUCAAACAAUCUUAUAAAGAAGCUAAAUUAAGCAGUGCAUGCAACUGGAAGCCAGUUUCCCCAGUCUUCUAAACAACAGUGGACUAAUAAAAUCUGGAAUACCAUGUCAAUGAAUAAACUCACUCACCUGCUUCAAAAGGCACAGAACCCCAAUCUGAAGAAAGACUGUAUAGCUCAGGCCUGCACAACGUAAGACCCGGAGACCGGAUAUGGCCCAUGGGGCCUUUAUUGUGGACCCACAGGUAGGAAUGUUCUGCAUCAACGGCAGGAACCAUGAAGAACUCCUGGCCUGUCUAAGAAGCCAAUGGCUCAAUGCAGUUGGCCCCUGAGCCAGAGCCCAGGAACACCAUCUCUCUUUCCCCUUGCCUUUCCCCCUGACUCCAGCUCUCUGCCCCAUCACUUUCAUUACUAUUUUAACGUAAUAAUUAUUGUGCUGAAAAUUGACCUCAGCCCCUUCACACAAAGUCAUGGUUGGUUCUGGUCCACUGGGGCAUUUGAAUUAUGCACAGCUGCAUGGUUGACCUUGCUAAUAUACAUAGAAAUUCCCAAUAUUAAAUUGUAUUCUUGAAAAAUAUAAGUCUAUCUAUUCUCUCUGGACAUUCACAGGAACAUGUGAAGCUAACUUAUAUGGCAUCUGACCACUGAUAGAUCUAGCUCAGUGUUAUCUGUAUGGACUGCCUUCAGCUCUCCAGAGUCUGACAGGGUCUUUCCCAGCCCUUCUUGGAGAUGCUGGGGAUUGAACGUAGGACCUUCUCCAUACAAAGCAUGUGCUCUACCACUGAGCUAUGUCCCCAGCCCCAAGAUAUCUGCAAGGGAGACUUGCCUCACUGUGUCUGUUGUCAUCAGUCCCUCCCAAUCUCUUCCAAGCUAUUAUUCUGGUUUCCCAUCAAACGUCUAUGUGAU